AUGGCAACUACAAAUGACUGUGCAGGAGAGUGGUCCGACUGCCGUGUCAAUUUCGAUUGCCAGCAAAGCUACACUGUAAACCAAGCGGCAACAGAUGGAGGUAAAGAGUGUGAUUUCGAGGAUGGCGCCCAACGCGAAUGUGAAGAUACCGGUGGAUGUCCCGUCAAGUAUGCAUAUGAGAUUGUUAAGCCUAUUGUGAGCAUGCCACAGUACACUAACGUCACCGCUGAUAUUACUGGUAGUCUGACUAUGCAGAUUACCGACACAUUGGAUGGGGUCCGCUAUAAAUACACUUUCGAUCAGGACGUUGAACCGACUGGCCUUCUGCCUUUUGUUGCUAUGCAUUUGCACCAGGGAGAUGCUGAUGCCGGAAAAUUCGGCUCCGUUGUCUCGUCGAUUGUAGGAACGGGCGACAUAGUAGGAUGCGUUACACCAAUAGGGACAAGUAUAUGCAGUGAGGAGUGCUUGGAACCUCCAUAUUCUUAUCAAUGCCUGAAGGAAUCGGAUCCCAAAUGCAAACUGGCGACAUGCUUGCCAAUAGUAAGUGCAGACUUCUGUCCCGGGGGUUGUGCUGGAGAUCAGCGUGAUGGAAAAGAGCCGUUAAACAACAUCGCGCCAUCACGAACAUGUGAAACACCAUAUGGUUUUGGGCCUGAAGAAGGAAAAUGGUAUACCGCUCUAUACAAUGACGAGCGAAGUGGGAAUUCGGAGGAUGACACAUACUCUCCUUACUCGGUGUUUAUUAAUGGUCAUCAAAACAAGAUGUGCUCAACCCAGAUCUCGUUCCUAUCGACAUUAUUGGAAGAGGGUAUGCCAUCGUAUGUAGCUAUCCAUGCCAACCACAAUGCACAGGGACUCCCAGUGCUAACUACAGGAACACUGUUUGCAGUCAUCAACGAUGGUACGGGCGUGGAUCUAGAACGGUAUCGCAUUGAAUAA